AUGGAAAGCCACAGUAGCAGUACCGAAUACCGGUGGAAAGCUGAAGACGCCAUUGCUGGCAACGCGAAAGCUCUUCAAGCUCUGAGAGAGCUCAUCAUAUUCCCGCUUCUCUACUCCCACCAAGCCAAGAAGCUCGUGGCCACAAGGUUUGCUGCUGUACGGUCCUCCAGGCACUGGAAAGUUCGAGUCAUGCGACGCAAUGUCCUGUUUGGUUUGCUUUCUGUUCAGUAUGGCUUCAUGGGUUACCCAGUGGGAGAAUUAUCAUUUUGUUUCGCUAAUUCAAUUUCAUAUUUAAUAUUUGAUGUCUCAUUGCUAUUGCAGACAAGUCUAGUACGAGCCGUUGUUCAGGAAUGUGGAGCACAUUUGACAAUCAUCAGUCCUCAUUCUGUCCAUAAAGCACAUACUGGGGAAAGCGAGAGAAUUCUCCGCGAGGCCUUUGCACAGGCAUCAUCUCAUUCAACUUGUGGCAAGCCAUCAGUUAUCUUUAUAGAUGAAAUAGAUGUACUUUGUCCUCGGCGAGAUUCAAAGAGGGAGCAAGAUGUUCGGAUUGCUUCCCAGCUUUUUACAUUGAUGGAUUCAAAUAAACCAUCCUCAUCCACACCAAGAGUUGUUGUCGUUGCAUCAACUAACAGGGUGAAUGCAAUUGAUCCAGCCCUUAGAAGGUAUGGACGCUUUGAUGCUGAAAUUGAAGUUACUGCCCCAAAUGAAGAGGAGCGUUUUCAAAUUCUUAAGCUUUACACAAGGAAGAUUCCCUUGGAUCCCAGCGUUGACCUAAAAAUGAUAGCUGCAUCUUGCAAUGGAUAUGUUGGGGCUGAUUUGGAAGCCUUGUGCCGUGAGGCUACUACAUUAGCAGCUAAAAGGUCCGGAGAUGCAAAUGGAAAUGCUGGUCACUUAAGCAUAAUGAUGGAAGAUUGGAACAAUGCGAGAUCUGUUGUUGGUCCAAGCAUAACAAGAGGUGUUACAGUGGAAAUUCCUAAAGUGACUUGGGAUGAUAUUGGCGGAUUAAAAGAAUUAAAGAAAAAGCUUCAGCAAGCUGUUGAAUGGCCUAUCAAGCAUUCUGAAGUAUUUUCUAGAUUGGGCAUUUCCCCAGUGCGAGGGAUUCUCUUGCAUGGGCCUCCAGGAUGUUCCAAAACAACCCUUGCCAAAGCUGCUGCACAUGCAGCCCAAGCUUCUUUCUUUUCCUUGAGUGGUGCAGAAAUGUAUUCGAUGUAUGUAGGAGAGGGGGAAGCAUUGCUUCGGAAUACAUUUCAUAGGGCACGGCUUGCAGCACCCAGCAUAAUAUUUUUUGAUGAGGCUGAUGUGGUAGCCGCAAAACGGGGUGAUUCUUCAAGCAAUAGCAGUACGGUUGGAGAGAGGCUUUUAUCCACCCUCCUGACUGAAAUGGAUGGUUUAGAAGAAGCUACAGGAAUCCUUGUAUUGGCAGCCACAAAUCGCCCUUAUGCAAUAGACGCUGCACUAAUGCGCCCGGGACGUUUUGACCUGGUGCUGUAUGUGCCCCCACCUGAUUUGGAAGCUCGAUAUGAAAUACUCUGUGUACAUACACGUGGCAUGAAGCUAGGGAAUGAUGUCAAUCUCUGUAGACUAGCAGAAGAUACGGAGCUAUUCACAGGUGCCGAACUUGAGGGUUUAUGCAGAGAAGCCGGAAUCGUUGCUCUAAGAGAAGACAUAUCAGCUACUGUUGUGUGUGACCGCCAUUUUCAGGUUGUGAGAAAUUCUGUGAAUCCAGCAUUAACAAAAGAAGAAAUUGAUUCCUAUUCAUCUUUCAUGAAGACCUCGUCUUCUGCAUUUUCUAGGCAUGUAGAAUCAAGUUCAAAACAUGAUAGAAAGAAAAGUAGUAACAUUUUAGGCUCCAUGGUUAAACUUGGUAUUGUCAGCUGUAUGCUACUUGUUGCUGCUAAAUACUUUUUCGUGCAUGAAGAACAAUCUGUAAAUGAAGUGGCUGUCACAUGAAGAAUGUAUACCAUUUUGUUUGUAGCCUUACUGUUAGCUCGGUUUAACAUUCAAAAUCCAUUGAAGUACAUGUUUCUGGUUUUUUCUUAUUUUGGAAUCUAUGCUUUUUGCAGAUUUGAUCUGAUCUGAUCCAAA